AUGGCUCCCACUUUUCCGAAGGCUCCGCCGUGGGGUCCGAUGUGCCCAAGAAGCGACCGAGCCGCAGCAAGGGGCCCUGGCUCACUGUGCACAGGCCGCUACGUCAAGGGCUGGCGCAAGUGGUCGGAUCGCCGACAGAGCUGGGUGGCCAUUUUUGAGUUUGAGGGCCGCAUCUGGCGGAAGAACGUGACGGAGGAGAAGGCCCCACGUACCGCCGUGCAUGUGGAUCCCUUGCUGAUCGAGUAUCAGGCUGCGCCCAUUUGCUGCCGAAAGCCCUCAGGCUGCAGUGAUUCUGAAAGUGAAGCAGAUGCCAAUGCAGGCUUGCAGCCAGGGGACGAAGAAGAGGACAACACCUUCGUGAUGGCUCGGGAGUUGAAGUACCACCUCCAGCUGACCUCUGAGAUUGUUGGGAUGGCCAGGCAGACGGAUCUGUGCCGCUGCGACCGCGUGAUCGGCAGGUGGGACUUCGGCGAAGCCUCGGUGGACUCCAUGGGGCGACUGUGCACCGAGAUCAGCUGGUGGCUCAACGACGAGGCCGCCAACGAUCGCUACGAGCGCCUAGAAGAGAACUGGGAGAUGCUGCUGGCAGUCUGGGAACAUUUGCUCUGUUUUCACUUGGAGGAGCUGCAAGACUGCGGCUUCGACCAGAGCAUCGCCCAACGCUUCCUGGAGAGGUGUCUGCACUUUCGCAUCGGAGAGGCACGGCAAGUGAAGGGAAUGAUGGAGCCUCUCGUGGACAUCGUUGCGCUGUGA